CAAGCCCAGAAGAUUUAAAUCAAAAAUUUAAUGAAGAAAAAAGUGAAUAUGAAGAAAAAAUUAAAAGGCAACUUAAGAAAACGAUCCUGGAAAAUAACCGUAGAAUUUCAGGACUUGAGAAUGAGUUAUUAAGUGAUCAUCAUUAUAAAAAUCUUUAUGAACUAACCAUAGAAAAAAAUCGUCUAUUAAAUGUCGAGAAAACAACUCGAGUCCUUAAAACAAGAGAACACGAGAUUAAAUCUUUAUUUAACUCAGAUAGACAUUCUCAGGUUUUUGACUCCUCUCAGGUUAUUAACUUAGAUGAUUUUUCUCGGGAUACUGUUACUGAUGUAUUUAUUGAAAUGGAUAGAGAAUUUCUUUAG